CUCUAAUCUUUAUUUUAGCUUUAAUUUCUGUAAAAUCUUUGGUUUUUUUAUUAAUUCUUUGAAACAAUAAACUUAAUUUCCUUUGUUUUGCUUUAAGUUGUUGCUUCUGUUUUGCAUUUUAACUUUUAUUUUUAACACUCUGGCAUUUAGCUGAGGAAACAAUGUGAACCGAGAAACGACAGCAUUGCAAAAAAUCUUCCUUUUUUUCUCCUCUUAAAUGGCGCUCCCAAAAACUAUUUUUGCCCUUCGUCCGUCUGUCUAGCUGUCCGUCCGGAUUCGUUUGUGUCCACCUCUGUCUAGCCGUCAGUUUGCGGUGCGCCUUUAGUUUUAGCAUUUACUUCUAGCAUAGCUGGCAUUUUUGUAGCAAUUCGUGUCUAUAUGGUUUGUUUGCGACGCGUCGUUCUCCUUUAUUUUAUUUUUUAUUUUUUUUUGUUUUGUGUUUUUUAUUUCUUUUUGCGCAUUCUAUAUUCUAUUCGAUGGUGCUCUCUUUGUUAUAAGUCCGGGGUCCGUAAAUGCCGCGUGCUCAUCACUCGCAGACACUUUAGAAUGCAGCCAGUAUCUGUGAGAUGUGCGCGCACACAGAUACCAGCAGAUAGACGAAUGGCAUCGGAACGUAUCUUACGGAUUGCAGGGCUGAUUGGUGAAGGGAAUGUGGGGGGAGGCUUCAUAGUUUCCACCUACUAACAUACUUUGGCUUGGAAAUAGUCUAGUCUUCAUUAAAUAAUGACACUAUUGAUCUGGUUUCUUUUCAUUUUAAAGUUUUUAAAGUCUUUUAAACAUAUUUUGUUUACUUUCUUUAGGGACAUUUUGUUUGUAAAUUGUUUAAAAAAGUUGUAGUAUCCCUAAGCUGUAUUUUCAUUUACUUUUAGUGGCUGUAUUUUAGUUUCUAAGUAAAAAUAUCCGGGUUAUUCCAUACUACCUAUAGAGACGAUGAUUCCAUAUUCAUAAAUAUUAUAUAUAAACUUUACUUAGUCAGCUGUGAACUACAACUCAAUAUCGAGUCCAACAGUUUCCCGAAUUAUUAUCUUAUUUAAAAUGAAAGGAUUGCUGUUCUUGUACCUGCUGUUCCUUAGCCUGCUGUUCCACUGCACCCACAGUCACGUCCUGGUCAAGAGGCACACACACCAGCACAGGCCUAAAGCUAAUCCACGGGAUCUGUUGAACGAUUUUGUGGCCAUCAGCGAGGCCGGAGGCUUGGAACCAGCUCCUUUGAAGAACUUUGUCGAGCAGCAUGUUUAUGAUGCUGGAGAUGUCUCUAGUGCUUGCGGGGGGAGUAAAACAUCCUCCGGUGGAUGCGAUUCCAUAGUAUGCAAUGUAAAGGAGGUCAUGACACCCAACAAUUCCAAGUCCAAGUCCUGCGCUAUAGCCAUACAGGCUGCCCAGGAUGCCAAGGCGGCAAGUGAGGCACAAUUUGCCGCUGGAUAUGCUGCUUCCCAGCACAUCAAAACGGAGCUGGCCGAGAAGGCCUUCCAGUCUGCCAAAGCCGCCGAGGCAGCUCUAUGUGGAAAGCAGCAUAUGGUUCACCAGCUGGAGAAGGCAACCCAGGAAGCGAGCGCUGUCAUCGAGGGGGAGACCGCCGCCCUGCAGACCAUCGAAGCGAAUAUGAAUGCAGCUGUGGAGGCGACAAAAGCGGCCACCCAGCAGUUCGAGGCUCUCAGCGAGCUGGUGACAAACUCCAAGAAUAACCUGGCCAAUAUCCAGUCAGUGGCCCUCGGCUUGCAGCAGGAGAUGGAAGCGAAGACACAGCUCCUGGAGGCCGCACGGAGCCGAUUGGCCGCCUGCCAGAAGCAACUGUGCUGUGCCCGGGAGGACUACGAGAAGACCAAGCAGGCGGCCUACAAGGCAGCCUGUGCCGCCGUGGAGGCCAAGCAAAAAGCCGCCUCAUCCCAGUGCUCUCGUUCCGGCGCUAAAAGGUCACAAAGAAGAAACCGUAAUUGUCCUAAUUCAUCCUAGCAAUAUAUAUCUUAUACAAUUUACUAUUUCAAUUCAAAUCUCUUUGUUUUAAAAAGAUUUAACGAUUAUUUAACAAGUUUCUGUA